CAAACUCCGAUUUCUGUUAUCAUUUUGUGUAAUAGGUCGUGUUCUUGGCGUAUGCUGCAUUCUGUUUGCUAACUUCAACCCCUUCUCUUUUGCUGAUAGAAGCUGCCCCAGCUGUUGCAUCGAAUGUUAUUCCAAAUAAAAAGCAUUUAACCAGAACGUACUAAUAAGCCAGUUCGCAAAUACUAUCUGCGCAUGGGCAGAUAAAGGUAUUUCGUUCCCAAAUUGUAAAACCCAUCGAGACGAAUACAGGUAUCGUGCUCACGAAAGUAAUAUGUGAUUAGUAUUCAUUUAUGCACCGACAGUACAUUAUCUGAUACCCAGGUGGAAGUAUUCUACUCAAGAGGCGAACAAAAGGCUUACGAUGUUGGAUGGAUGCAAAUUACCUACUUCGACGGGCGGCACCCUGACAAUUGCACUCUUAUGUGCAUUCUGCAUGGCUAUAAUCUUAACAUCUCAAAGUACACUGAAUAUUUUACCAGGUGAUGUCUUUCAGCCGAGUACAAAGAUACGUUCCAGCGUAAAGAAAAACAUCGUCUUCAAUCCACCCGAGCCGAGGUCGUUUGAGGAAGCCACCGAUUACGCAAACAUGAUGGUCGAACAGAAACGACGACGGGCACUAAUCGAAGAGGCAUGCACAGCUGCUAAUAUGUCCCGCCAAAUCGAUCUAGACCAUACUGAAGGCAGUGUCUUUAAGAGCGUGGGGCAUCUCCUGGUUGAUGACAAGUAUAAGGUCCUCUUCGGUUUCAUUCCAAAGGUCGGAUGUACCACGUGGAAGGGUAUCAUUGGAAAGCUACAUAGGAAACAUAAAAACGAUUUAGCAAAAAUAAACACUUUGAGGAAUUUCGGCGACAAUCAUACUGAAAUUUACUAUCGCCUACAGAAUUACAGGAAAGUCUUAUUUGUUCGAGAGCCAAUUACCCGAAUGUUGUCUGGCUACCUUAGUAAGUUAAGGAAUUUUAAAGGAAACCAGAGGAUUUGGGAACAAUUUAUCGGAGAGUCAAUCGUGAAAAGGUACCGAGGAUAUAACCAUGUAGAAAGAUAUAAAGAUGAAAUAAUCAAACCGUGGAUGAAUAUCACCUUGUCAGAAUAUAUUCAAUAUAUUACGGACAUCGGAAGCAAUAUCUACAUGGGUGAACUCAAUGACCAUUGGCUUCCCCUUCACGUGGUGUCAAACCCUUGUCAAAUCCACUACGACUUCAUUGGUCACUAUGAGAACCUGGCAGUCGAAGGACCCUUUGUUCUCAAGUGGCUUGGGGUAGAUAACCUGAUAUCAUUCCCCCCAGUGCAUGAGUCACACGCUUCUAACGCAUUGAUCAGAGAAUAUUCAGAAAUAUCCCUCAGUUUUCUUAAAAGAAUAUCGGCCUACUAUUCGUUUGAUUACAAAGCAUUCGGAUAUCAUAUCAACGAAACACUAUCGAUUUUGAUGAAAGGUAUAUUUGAUGAGAAAGAAGAUGACUAGUAAAUUGAUCCUAAAUAAAAAUCAUGCUUUAGGCUUAAUUGUAGAAUAAAUACAAAAAUUGAUUAGAAUUGUUAAUCUUCUAUCUUUUCAAUUCAAUAUAUGUAUACUAUACACGUAUGUGUGUGGGUGUGUGUGUGUGUGUGUGUGUGUGUAUUCAUUAGGAUAGGAAAUGAAAGUGCGAGACUUAUAUCUAGCCCUGUCAACAAAUAUUGACAUUACUGUAUGCAGACGAUACAAUAGUUCUUGUGUAAACUGAAAGUGAUCUUCAACUUGCUCUUGAUCUGGUAUCUGAUUGUUGUUAAAAUGGUUUCUUCAAGGCAACACAGCUAAAACCAAAGUUGUUGUAUUUCUCGUUGUAAAGUUCGAAACAUUUCAACAUUUAAAAAAUCAAAAAAUCAAAUAUAAACAAUUUCUGUUAAACAAGUAUAAUAAUCAGUAUCAAUAGUAUCGGCCAAUUUUUGACAUUUGUUUUAUAUACUCUGAUCGUGCAUGAUAGUAAGUUUUAAUAUGUUCUUUGUUUUUUGUUCUGUUCUUUUGUUCUGUUCUUUUGUUCUCGUUUUCAUGUAUGUGUGU